UUUUUUUUUUAUCUUUUCAGUUUUUUUUGCUUCAAUUGAUUCUCAUCACUUGGGUCUGCAAAGACUGUCGACAGUGUAUAGUACAGCCUCUUUCUUUCCAAUUCUGUUAUCCUGUACAUGACUUCAUAUGAUGGAUCAUAGCAAUACCAUCCAUCGGAAUACCGGCAUUAACAGUAUAAGCAACAAUAAUCUUAAUACCAAUAGUAGCAGCAACAAUAACACAAAAAACAACUGCAGCAAUGUAAGCGCUAGUAGCAGUACCAAUUCUACAAACAGUCAUUCAAAACAGCCUUCACUGCCAACUGUCUAUGAAGAGAAUGAUCCUUAUAGAAUGGUUAGGAAAAGUCCCGCCGCAGGUAAAUAUCAACUCGCCUACAGCUUGAAAGAGAAAAAGUGCAACAGUUGCUUUGGUUUUUGUUUGUUUACUUUUAUACUCAUCCUUUUCCUCAAUAAACACACUCGGACUUUUUGUGUAAUUUAGGUUCCAGUAGUAUGUCAGACAAUAAUUCAGAAUUUGAUGCUGUUCAUUCUCGCACAGCGUCUGAUAGCAGCACCACUAAACUGUACACUGGAAUUGCACUGAACGAUUAUGAUGACCCUUAUGCAACGAAAUCACCUUAUAAUAAUAAUAGGAAAUUUCGUAACUCGUUCAACUCGCCAUCACCUGGGAGCGUGAUGAACAACCCAACAAGCACCAAUAAUUCCAGUAUGAAUAGCAGCUUAAAUACCCUGCUUAGCAGCCAUUCGCAGCAUGAUCAGUUAAGAGCAAACUCAUAUUUACCGUACUCGCAUCAUGCCAGAGAUCCAAAUCAAAAAGCCGAACCUAUUUAUAUAGAAGAAUAUUCCGCACCCGCUACCACAUCGCUUGGUGUAGGUUCAUUAUUGCACGAUUCUAUGUUAGACCCCUAUACCCAACCUCACCAUCAAUUGAAUAGCAGUCAUGGCAAGACUAUUGACAGUAAAGUAUCCAACGACAAAGACCUCCAUGAUGAAGAGGCAUUACCGGAGCAUUUAUUGAAGAAAAGACGAAGGAAACAACGAAAAUGCUGUGGAUUACGGCUACUGACGGUAGGCUUUAUCAGUGUCGUCGUUACCGUCAUCAUUGUGCUUGUUUGGUAUUUUGUAUGGCCUCGUAUACCCAGCAUGACAUUGGACGAUGUAGAUAAUAUUGGCUCGAUACAAGUGAUCACUAACAGUACCAGGAAGGUCAUGUCCACCCAAUGGUUGCUCAACCUGACGGCGGAUAAUUCAGUGAAUUGGGUGCCCACUCGUAUCCAAGCUCUGGAUAUCUUUAUUACCGACGAUAAAACCAAUCAAGCAUUUGGCAAUGGUAGUUCAGGUUUCUUUAUUCUACCACCAAAAAAGAAAUCGAUUGUGACGAUACCAAUGACCAUUUUUUAUGCCUCGGAUAAUGUAAAUGACACAACCUUUCAAGAUUUAUAUAAUGCCUGUGGUGUUCAAGUGACGUCAAAUACUCCUUUUGAAAACCUGCAGGACUCAUUGAACGUGACACUUCAUUUGACUUACCAUAUUUCUGGUAUUGCUUGGACUUAUAAUAGAGAUAUACCUUAUCAAGGUUUACUCUGUCCAACCAGUUAAAACACCACACUUAUAUCAUCUUGUAUCUCUAUUUAUAACUCUUGGGGUUUUUGAAUUUUUUUAAAGCCUUAGAAUACCCCCCCCCCCUUCAGCUUUCCCAUUUUGAUCGUUCCCUUU